GUACCAUGGUGACCAGACUUUUGUGUGUACGAUGUGUCAUGCACAAUUAUGGACAUAUGAAGCUCUUAAAGGCAAUACUUCUGGAAAGAAAACUUCUUAUUCCAUGUGUUGUGGUAGUGGAAAAGUUGAGCUUCCUGAAUUAAAAGAAGCUCCAACAAAUUACCAAAAUCUCUUUCGUAAUUUUGAUCCAAAAGGAAAAAAUUUCAUGAAGAAUAUUCGUCGAUUCAAUUCGAUGUUUUCCUUUACUUCAAUGGGUGGAAAAGUUGAUUCUUCCAUUAAUAGAGGCAAUGAUCCAUACGUUUUCAGACUUAGCGGUCAAAAUUAUCAUUGCAUGGGAAGUCUUCAACCUACAGAUGGAUCCAAACCAAAGUUUUCGCAACUAUACAUAUAUGAUACUGAAAAUGAAAUAACAAAUAGACAACAUGCUUUCAGUACACAGAACGAAGGGUGCACAUCAACUUCUGAUUCUCUUGAUAUUGAAAUCAUUAGCUUUUUGAAGGUCAUGUUGGAUUCAACCAAUAAGCUGGUUAAGUGUUAUAGAAUGGCUAGAGACUGUUUUGAUGAAAAUCCUCAUAUAGAUCUAAAGUUACGUCUUAUAGGAAGAAGGCAACAAGAUGGAAGGACAUAUAACUUACCUACUGCUUCUGAGGUUGCUGGUUUAAUUGUUGGUGACAUUGGUGAUGGAAUUGAUAAUAGAGAUAUCAUCGUAACAACUAAAUCAGGAAGUCUACAACGUAUAAACGAAUUACAUCCGGCUUACCUUGGUCUUCAGUACCCACUACUCUUUCCAUAUGGAGAUGAUGGAUAUAGAGUUGACAUACCUCACAGAGAUGUUGAUCAUUCAACUAAUACCAAACGUCGUUUCUGUACAAUGAGAGAAUUCUUUGCUUAUAGAAUUCAAGACAGAGAUAAUGUUUUUUCAUUAAUUCUUAAUUCAAGAAGGCUUUUUCAACAGUUUCUGGUUGAUGCUUAUACGAUGAUUGAAACUUAGAGACUAUAUUA